AUGAGAAGCUUCGGGGCGAUUUCUGCCAUUCUGGCAGUCUUCCUGUCCUCCGCAGAUGCUGCGCUUGAAAAGAAUGCGGUGAUGUGGCCUGUAAAUGGAUCAAUCAAGGUUUCAAGCCCCUCAGCACCGUCAAGUUUUGGUGUCGAGCUUGUCGACUGCCUCAAGAUUGAUGUGAACUUUGGCAGCAACUCUGUGCAGGUAACUCUGCCAAGUGGGGAGACUGCCACACUUGUUGGUAAAGAGCAACUGAAUCAGCAGGGGGGUCAGAUGGUCUUGCUCAUGUCCAAGUAUGGCGAUCAGGGCCACAUCGUUUUCAAUGGUGAGGACGUAACGGGUAACUUCGACCAACGCGAGCAAACCUUCGCCUCACCAAGUUGCUGGAUAUCCAGAGUGCGCAUCACAGGUGGGGAAGGUGGUGAAUUGCCGUCGGAUAUGCAUGUCUUCAUAUCCAAGGAAAUCGUAAAUUCCUUCAAGGAAAACCACCGCAAAGACUCCGCAGAUGCGGUGUCGGAGUAA